CCAGCCUGUGGUCUGAGGAGGAGACGGGUUUUAUAAGUAGGGGUGAGGGAACUGGGGGAGGGCAGACAGUUGGAAAACAAGACACAGGCAAGACUUUGGAGAAAGCAGAGCAGGCAUGAUGGCCACCUUGCCACCAACAACCAGCUCCUCCCAGCAGCCCCUAAACCCAGAGGAUGAAGAUGGCAUCCUGGACGAGUAUGACCAGUACAGCCUGGCCCAUCCUUACAUUGUCGGAGGAGGUCGGAAAGGCCGUACCAAGAGAGAAGCUGCCGCCAAUACCAACCGCCCUAGUCCUGGUGGGCAUGAGAGGAAGCUGCUGACCAAGUUCCAGAACUCUGAAAGGAAAAAGGCCUGGCGCUGAGCCAGAGCUGGAGAAAGACAUGCUGAAUACGGGAGAAAUGUUUAGUCCAAAACCUGCACAGCACAGGUGAACCUGGCCUGUUUCCCCAUCAAGUCGUUUCUUCCUGCCACUCUCGGACUUUCUCAGCAGCUCUGCAGCUGAAGAUGUGCAGCUCCUCAGCCUUACCCUUAGGCCAAACCACACCCUGGGCUCAACCAUUUAUGGAAGAGUGUGACAUCAAGCCAGGUGUGGUGGUCUGUGACCUCAGCCCUGGGCAGGUAGAGGCUGGAGGAUCAGGAACUCAAAGCUAGUCUUGGCUAUCUAGUAAAAUCUAAGGCCAGCCUGAAUAGUAUGUGAUGGAAUGAAUGUUGGCCAUGGCGGUCUAUGCCUGUAUCUCAACGCUCAGGGGACAGUGGCAGAAAGCUUAAGGCAAGACAGGAAAACAUACGGAAACUCUAUUAAAAAAAAAAAAAAACAAAGAAGGGAGCUGAGAUGUGGUUCAGUUGGCAGAGUGUUUACCUCAGAUGUUCAAGGGCUUGAGCUCUGUUCUCAGUGUCUCAUAAACCAGACCUGGAGACUGGAGAGUCAGAGUUCAGGGGCAUCUAGCUACAUAGUGAGUUCAAGGCCAGCCCAGAAUACAUAAAGGCCUGUAUCAAAAUAGUAAUUAAUAAUAAUAAAGGGUAACAUCAACAGAAGGAGCUCAGCAGUUCUGGGGUUAAGUUAUUGCCCCCAAUCCGCCCGGUGGUCAGAAUGAUGGGGCAGAGGAAGGAAAAACCUUUACUUUAACUGUGCCCUGACCUGCGGACGGCUGCUUUAGUUCAGUCAAGGAAAUGGAAGUCUGCUGUUGUCUUUGCUAAGUGAGCAGCUUCCUCACAUCUUUGGUCUGUACCAGUUCCCUUCCACUCCAGAGCUGAAGUCCCUUCAGGGAGCCUUGUCUUCUUGUGUAUAAUACAUGGCAUGCCCUCAUUUUUAGUCCCAAUGUCGUCAGAGCCUGCCACCUGGCAGCAAUAGCAGCUAUAAACUCAGGCUUCUCAGAGCCUUCUCCUUGUGUUCAGUCAUUUUCCAAAAGUGUCUGCAAAACUCAGGGAUGCAUCUGCUUCCGUGGAGUGGUUUAGACAAAGGUCACCACCCAGAAACAGCCAGAGCACAGGGAAACUGAUGGGAAGGUAAAUACCCCCCCCCCCUUUUGUGACCUUCCAGGCCCUCCCACUGCAUGCUCUCCAAAUCUCCUUUUAGGCUUUCAGGGUCAGUUCUACCUCACAGAUGGGCUUAUUUGCCUUUGAAGAUUAACUCAACUUCUGGUCCCUUUCCCUGGGUGGGGGUGGGGUGGGGUGGCGUGUUGUGGGAGGUAAGAGCUAAAAGUUCAACCCUCUAGUUCAGAGUUGGUCGGGUGCCAGACCCAUCCAUUCUCCGGAAGUCAUGUCAGAAGCACAAAUGCAGCUAUGACGGAAAAGGGUGAAGAGAACACUGGCCCAUGUUCCUCUCUCCUGACAGAAAACUCAAGGGCUUCAGGAGCUCUGUGCCCAGAACUUGGAGAACAAGACAUGUCUACUUCCUUCUUUUUCCUCUUCCCCUCUCUAUUGCUUCUCCACCAUUCCCUCUCUCCAGGGUAUUACUAUAGUCCAGGUUAGCCCCUAAUUCUCUGUUCUUCUGCUGGGAUUACAGGUUUGUGUGUGUGUGUGUUUCCGUUUUGUUUUGUUUGAGACAGAACAUCAGGUAGCCCAGGCUGGCCUUCAACUCCCAUUGUUACUGGAAAUUUUGGGGAGUCCCACCAAGGCUGCCACUUAUUACCAGGGAAAUCGGGGUUUUCCACUUGGAGUCUCAUUAAUAAAAGAGUUUAAGGAAAGACUCAAAA